UCCUGAUUGGCCGAGAGUUGCGGGCUGCGUGCGCAGGCGCCUACCUCGGUUACUUAGGGCGGGAGCCCGGCGAGGGCGCUGGUGGGUUGUGCUGCCUGAGGCCCGGAGUCCUGACCUCUCUGCCAUGCCGAACCGCAAGGCCAGCCGGAAUGCUUACUAUUUCUUCGUGCAGGAGAAGAUCCCCGAACUACGACGGCGAGGUCUACCUGUGGCUCGCGUCGCUGAUGCCAUCCCCCACUGCUCCACAGACUGGGCGCUUCUGAGGGAGGAAGAAAAGGAGAAAUACGCAGAAAUGGCUCGAGAGUGGAGAGCCGCUCAGGGAAAGGACUCUGGGCCUUCAGAGAAGCAGAAACCUGUUUUCACACCACUGAGGAGGCCAGGCAUGCUUGUACCAAAGCAGAAUGUUUCACCUCCAGAUAUGUCAACUUUGUCUUUAAAAAGUGAGCAAGCUUUCCUUGGAGGCAUUUUUUAUUUUUUGAACAUUUUUAGCCAUGGCGAGCUACCUCCUCAUUGUGAACAACGCUUCCUCCCUUGUGAAAUUGGCUGUGUUAAAUAUUCUCUCCAAGAUGGUAUUAUGGCAGAUUUCCACAGUUUUAUAAAUCCUGGUGAAAUUCCACGAGGAUUUCGAUUUCAUUGUCAGGCUGCAAGUGAUUCUAGUCACAAGAUUCCUAUUUCAAAUUUUGAAUCUGGGCACAGCCAAGCAACUGUGUUACAAAACCUUUAUAAAUUUAUUCAUCCCAGUCCGGGGAACUGGCCACCUAUCUACUGCAAGUCUGAUGAUAGAACCAGAGUCAACUGGUGUUUGAAGCAUAUGGCAAAGGUAUCAGAAAUCAGGCAAGAUCUACAACUUCUUACUGUAGAGGACCUUCUAGUGGGGAUCUACCAGCAAAAAUUUCUCAAGGAACCCUCUAAGACUUGGGUUCGAAGCCUCCUAGAUGUGGCCAUGUGGGAUUAUUCUAGCAACACAAGGUGCAAGUGGCAUGAAGAAAAUGAUAUUCUCUUCUGUGCUUUAGCUGUUUGCAAGAAGACUGCGUACUGCAUCAGUAAUUCUCUGGGUACUCUCUUUGGAAUCCAGCUUACAGAGGCUCAUGUACCACUACAAGAUUAUGAGGCCAGCAAUAGUGUGACACCCAAAAUGGUUGUACUGGAUGCAGGGCGUUACCAGAAGCUAAGGGUCGGGAGUCCAGGAUUCUCUCAUUUCAACUCUUCUAAUCAGGAACAAAGAUCAAACACACCCAUUGGUGAUUACCCAUCUAGGGCGAACAUUUCAGGCCAAAACAGCAGUGUUCGGGGAAGAGGGAUUACCCGCUUACUAGAGAGCAUCUCCAAUUCCUCCAGCAAUAUCCACAAAUUCUCCAACUGUGAGAAUUCACUCUCACCUUACAUGUCCCAAAAAGAUGGAUACAAAUCUUUCUCUUCCUUAUCUUAAUGAUGGUACUUUUUUCAAUUUCUGAAAAAAAUUAGAGGCCCAACUUCCCUUCUAACUACAGUCAUAUUAAACAGAUCACAUCAAUGAUAAAUGUCACUACUAUAAAAACAACUUAAUUUGUAAGGAAAUUGUUUCGUAGAUUUAAAAAAAAAAGUGGUGGUUGGAGAGCAUCUUGGCAUUUUUGCUUUAUUUCUUGAGGAAUUGUUCUGCUUCCUGACUGUAUGAUGGGUGUAUCAUUAAAGUUUGAAGUCCUAUGUGCACAAAACUGACAUGUUCAGAGUUGUACUUUUGGGAAUCUUAAAAUUAAUAAUUAUUUUCCCUGAUAAUAAAGGUAUAGAAUAUCUGUUAUGUAAGAUUCUAAAA